UUUAUCUAAAUGUUUGCUUGUAUUUUAGCGCAUGGUGCUAAAAGAAAACGUAGGGUUAUCUAUUAUGGCACAGUUAAACUUAGCUGCAUUACUAUUGCUGUGCUGCUUGUCGAUUGGAUUUGGUUGGAGAGUUACAAAGAACGAAGGUUACAUUUAUCCAACGGAACUUUACUUUAAGCAGAAUCUUGACCACUUUGAUUUUACCAUCAAUGCAACUUUCACACAACGUUAUUUUGUUAGUGAGCAAUACUGGACAAAGAUGGAUGGACCUAUAUUCUUUUAUACUGGAAAUGAAGGGGAUAUUGAAUUAUUUAUUAAGAACACUGGGCUUAUGUGGGAUAUUGCUCCAAUGUUCAAAGCCAUGGUUGUGUUUGCAGAACAUCGUUAUUAUGGGAAAUCUAAACCCUUUGGGAACCUGAAACCUUCCACAAAAACUAUUAAAGAAUUCUCAUACUUAACAGCUGAACAGGCUUUGGCUGAUUUCGCAAUUCUUGUUAAGCAUAUAAAGUCGACUGAUUCAAAAGCAAAGAAUAGUCCAGUGGUUGUGUUUGGUGGGUCCUAUGGAGGAAUGCUAAGUGCUUGGUUCAGGUUAAAAUACCCCCAUAUUGUGACAGGAGCUAUUGCAGCAUCUGCACCAGUGCUUUACUUCCCUUCUACUGUAAAAUGUAGUCAAUACAACGAAGCGGUGACCAAUAAUUUUUUGAGUGUUCAGAAUGGUGAGACUUGUGUUGCCAAUAUAAGGAAUGUCUGGAAAACAAUGAAUGAAACGGCUAAAAAACCUGGUUACAUUUAUCCAACGGAACUUUACUUUAAGCAGAAUCUUGACCACUUUGAUUUUACCAUCAAUGCAACUUUCACACAACGUUAUUUUGUUAGUGAGCAAUACUGGACAAAGAUGGAUGGACCUAUAUUCUUUUAUACUGGAAAUGAAGGGGAUAUUGAAUUAUUUAUUAAGAACACUGGGCUUAUGUGGGAUAUUGCUCCAAUGUUCAAAGCCAUGGUUGUGUUUGCAGAACAUCGUUAUUAUGGGAAAUCUAAACCCUUUGGGAACCUGAAACCUUCCACAAAAACUAUUAAAGAAUUCUCAUACUUAACAGCUGAACAGGCUUUGGCUGAUUUCGCAAUUCUUGUUAAGCAUAUAAAGUCGACUGAUUCAAAAGCAAAGAAUAGUCCAGUGGUUGUGUUUGGUGGGUCCUAUGGAGGAAUGCUAAGUGCUUGGUUCAGGUUAAAAUACCCCCAUAUUGUGACAGGAGCUAUUGCAGCAUCUGCACCAGUGCUUUACUUCCCUUCUACUGUAAAAUGUAGUCAAUACAACGAAGCGGUGACCAAUAAUUUUUUGAGUGUUCAGAAUGGUGAGACUUGUGUUGCCAAUAUAAGGAAUGUCUGGAAAACAAUGAAUGAAACGGCUAAAAAACCUGGUGGACUUAAGUUGUUGGGAGAAAUAUUUCAUCUCUGUUCAGCAAUAAAUUCCUCCACAGCAGUGGAAAGUUUUAUUAAAGACAUCUUUGGCAAUAUGGCAAUGGUUGAUUACCCUUAUGCAAAUAACUUUUUGAGCAACAUACCGGCAUGGCCAGUUAACAAAACUUGUCAGCAUUUAAGUGAGCCUAACUUGCAAGGGUUGGACUUACUGCAGGCAAUGCAUAGUGCAAUAGGGGUGUAUCAAAACUAUACCGGGUCAGUCAAGUGUUAUAAUGUUAAGACAACAGAAACAUCAAAACUAUCUACAACACUGUGGAACUACAUGACAUGCGGGGCAAUGGUCAUGCCAUUCUGUGCAAACGGCGUAACCGAUAUGUUCCCUGUUAAAAACUGGACCCAAGAAAGUUUCGACAAGAGUUGUUUUAAAAAGUAUGGUAUUAAAUCCCGCCCUGAAUGGGCCCUUACUGACUUCGGGGGCUCAAAGGCUGUAGAAGCCGGUAAUAUUGUAUUUACAAAUGGGCUUCUUGACCCAUGGCAUGUGGGUGGAGUACCUGAGAUGAAAAGUGAAUCCGUGGUGUCCAUUUUAAUGUGGGGUGCGGCUCAUCACUUAGAUCUACGACAUGCAAAUGAUGCUGACCCGAGCUCUGUGGUGGAGGCACGCAAAACACAAGUUAAGCACAUUGCUAAGUGGAUAAGUUCAACUCAAGAGCGCUUAAGACCUUCAACGGCACAUCGUGUUCGCAGAAAGAGAAGAGCAUGUGAAUAAUUUUUUUCAUAUGUUAUAGAGAGGGUUGCAUGUUAACUUUUAUCUCAAAGCAGUUUUACCACUGUAAACAUUCAUAUGACAUGACACAUGAAUAUUAAAAUCAAGCCUAUCAUUUUGUUAUAUUUACAAUCUAUCGUGGACGUGACAUUAUCUUUGCUUAACUGUGUGCAGCAGUGACUAAUUCAUUACAUUACUUUCCUAUUUUGGGCAGUAAAUACUAUUUUCUGCUCCGUAGUGCAAUACGUUAAGACCCUAUUGAAAGGGAAUGUGUCAGUAACAGAAAUUUAUAAAUGUGUCAGAAACAGUUUUUGAUUUUUUUGUUGAUUAUUUGUAAAUUUAAACGAAAUACACAAAGAUUUUUCACAUA